AUGGGUCGUAGCAUCCGUCGAGAAGCGCUCCAGAAGCUCGCCCAGCUAUCAGUGCAGUCAACUGCAUCGAGCGCAGCCAGUCCUGACCUCUCCAAGCUGUAUAGGCGGUUCCCUACUGGUUCCUUCGCACAAAAUGGAACCGGAACGGUGGGUAAGGUCUCUGUCGCAGGAACACCCAUGAAAAUCCCAGAACUCGAGGCGAUAUUGGCACUUUGUAAAGCGGCGCCAUUUAUACAAUCCCAUGAAGUGGCCCAACAACUCUUGACCCGUCUGUCACCUUACCUUUCCGAGUCGUACGCACAGGUUCUAUUCCCUUCUCCUGGUCUCCGCGACAUCGACCCCUCCCCCUACGAAGUACUCACAUAUAAUCUUACCGCGGCAAUAUUAUCUAUUGGUAUUCACCAUAAUGAGCUCCACCCAGAAGUCACGGCCGCUGUCACGGCAUACCUCAGUGGCUGGACAGAUGGGGCAAGCAAACUAUCCGUUGACCACGCCGAGGAUGGUGAAAGCAAUCACAGGAAGGAUAGGGAGUUGACACGCAUUUUGACACAGGGGAUGUCCUUUUUGGGGUUUUUGGAUGCUGCCGCGGAACAUGCUGCGUUCUGGAGGUCUACUGAGAGGCUUCAACUCGUAGAGGACAUCAGGGGAGCGCUCUCUGAGACUUUCUUGGUCUCUUUGGAGACGGCUUUGUCCGUUGUCCGCAAUUCAGGUUCUCACCAGCAUGGUUUAAGGGACUGGAGGCAUUAUGCAAAGCACUACGCGGCUACUGGACGUCCACUCGGAGCGAUGAGUUUGCAUGACGGCUUUUUGAAGGUGAUGGUUGCUUGUGCCUCACUGUUAGUGAGAGACCCUAACGAGCAGCCCGAGAAAGACAUCUUGGAGUUUCUACAUUCGUCUUUCGACAACAUACAGGUGAAUCACACGCAAUCAGACGAUGCACUGGUGAACGGUUUGACGGAAAUCGCGGUCGCUGAAAUGAGCCGGUUGGAUAAUGAUUUGGAUUACCUGCAUCGUGUGGGCUCCGUAUGGCAACAACGUCAGGGCGCCGCCGUGAAAGCCAAAGUUCUACUGAGUUACCUAUGUUGCACGAUUUACGAUGACGAGGUUGCGGAGCCGGACCUCCUAUUGACUUGGCUUGACGGCGCCCUCAAUGACCCAGUUCAGGCAUCGGACGAAAACCUGGCUUGUACAGUGCUGAAAUCGAUGACCGUCUUAGCAAAGGUAGACCCCUCCAUAGCGUCCACCUUGAGUCGCACCCUCCCAAGGGCCAUCGUUCAAGGCGGAUUCGUUCAAAGAACGGCAAACGUGGCUGCCGACAGCUUGGCCUCUGUUCUUAGUGUGCUCCCUCAGGACGCCAUCAUCACCACAUUGUACAGCCUAGGCAAUGUCAUCAAUGCUUCCCCUCUUGCCGACAGAGGUACUACUCUUUCCUCUAGUUCCAACGGCGGCGGAACUACUCCACGGAAUACGGUUUACGAUGCUGAAAAGGGAGCCAGCACGAUAUCCCUAACUCCUAGCGACGCGGAAGAGCCGAUCCAAGUGUAUAUCACGAUCGUUCAUACUAUCACUACGGUGGCCAGGAGUUGCAAUGACGAGAAGAUUGCCGCUUUGGCGCUUUCUAUGCUGAUUCAGAAGCAUAAGAGAGUGAGCAAGCCGGUAGACGCCAAGAUCAUCACAGAUUCCGCUCUCUUAAGCCUCCACAGCGGAACCGGCGAGUUUCGUAUGCUUCUCAAGUACUUGAUGAAGCAAUGCCACGAAUCCCUGGUUGAGGGCGACACAACUAUGCUCCAAGCGGUGAUGGACGCGCGUCGUACAAUCUCGAAAGAGGUAUCAUUAACAGCUCCGGAGUACGAUAUCUACCUGACCCACCUACUUGAUAUCAUUGUGAGCAAAGGAGACGCCUACGAUGCUAAACGCCCGCAUCUACGAGACAGUGAGAUGGCGGCUCAGGAGAUAUCACAGUUGCUCUGUCCCCUGGCAGAACUCCUUGUGAGGAAUGCGAACAAUAAGGAGGCUGUGGAGCUAGGCGAUGAUAUCAUCAUGUUGCAAAGAGACGCUUGGUUCAACUUGGUUAUUCACGGCUUUGAUCUCACGUCUGAGCUUGGGAGGCAAUAUCUGAACGAGCUAAGAACGCUCGCCCAUUUUAGCGCUCCCUUGAUCAACGAGGAAAUGGCUGGACUCGUUGAAAGCGACAUCGAGCUGAACACAGUACUACGUCGGAGUAAGUCCGCGGAACAUGUGGCCGAUCAGAAGAAACGUCUUGCCCAGCUCCUACCUGGUUGCGAGUCGGACGUCAAAUCUCUGAACUACGCCGAGACCGUCUUCAUGAAUACGGCAUAUCUCGUUGAGAAGUUGCGCGCUACUUCGGGGGAUUGCACCAAGGUUCUUGUGUACUUCCUCGAUCCCAAGCUCCGCACGGGUGCCGUGGGCAAUUGCAUGUUCGCUGUUGCUACGGCUGUGACGAGAACAUAUGUUCAGAGAACGCUCUCUGGGAAACUCCAUUCGUUUUCAACCCCUUAUCUUGCUCAACAGCUUGCAACCAUAUUCGCUGGGUGCUGCCACCGCAUCGCGAAAGUUCAGGAGGCUGCCGUUGCCUGCGCGGACUUCAUUAUCCAAAAUGUGCCAUCCACGCUGUGUCAGAAAUCCGCUCUCUUCGCCCUGUUGGAAUUGCUUUCUAUCAUGUGGUCGAGCUGUCUCGAAAGGGACACGGAUGAGUAUACUUGGCGAUCCACCUUUACAUCCAUGAAGUCCAACAUUGCUGUGGAACUAUCGGAUGACUAUGCCUUCCGCAACGAUACCCUGACAAGGUUUCAUAGACGCGCGAAAGGGUGGGUCCGAUAUGUUCUGGACCUAGCUCCGCUCGAUAUCAAGGGCUUGCUGCAGACUUAUCUUUCAGAGUUCGAUGAUAAAGGUGUAUAUGGUCAUAUAUCCCUUGGUCGUUCCUUUGCCCUUGAGAUGGGCUCAGUCAUACCAUCAACUGACCAGCGUCUGGGUGCAAUCGAACAGCAGGGAUUCGCCAUCAAUACCGCGUCUGACUUUAUCUCACAAUAUACAACAAGGCAAGAAUACAAAUUUGUGGAUGGUCUGAACGACCAAGAGGAAGAGUGGCUACGGACAUCUGGCGACCGCAGAGGAGCAGCUACCUUCACUAGGAGGAUUGAGGAUGCAACAACUCUGCUCAUCGAUUUGGAGACUCGAACGUCUAGCCACAAGGCUGUCAGCAUUGCUGAGCUACGAGAUAUUCUUCGACGAGCGGCCGCCUUGUUAUGCCGAGCGAAGUCUGACCAGCCUGCCCUUGUGCAUCAUUUGGUCGGGAUACCCUUUGCAGUGUUUUCAAAACAAUCGAUCAAGUUGGGCAUUUCGCUGUGGAUGACUGUGAUUAAGGAGAAUCCGCGGAUGGAGCCUCGUAUCUUGAUUGAACUGGCUCAGUGUUGGGAGUCUACGAUACGCAAGGGACAAGGUAUCUUCAGUGACUUUAUACGGCAUCCUGACCCCUUCUACGGGAAGCAAGAGUUCGCACCUACAGACAAAGAAGCGGUCUCCAAGCGCCAGCAAAGCGUAUACAACACGAUCGCGCCACACUUCCGACUGUUACAGCUUUUGUCAAGUCACUUCAAUGCUUCAAGACUUUGUAAUGCGGAUGUUGAGUCGGUAUACAAUCGACUAAUCCAUAUCACCCUGGACGCUCUCGGCUCCGGAUGCUCACAGCCUCUGGCAAGGGAGGCAUAUUUUCAUACCAUUCUGCUGGGGCUGCGGAUAUUACGCUCUUCGACUACUCUAACUCCUCCAAUCAAAUGGAGGCUGCAAGACCGCAUUCUCACCGCUGGUUUGGCCUGGUUUGCAAAAGCACCACAAUGGUCUUUUGGUGGAAACCGCCACCAAAUCAAGGCUGAAACUCAGAUUCUUGCUGACAUUCAGGCCGAUCUUCAAGCCCCUACCCCAGUCUCACGUACAUCCGUUUCUCCUGCAAACGCACUGACGAGCAAACAAGAAUUGUUAGACCUACUUUUGACCGAAGAACAAAGCCGUCUCCGUGUCUGGCUCUUCCCGCUCGAUCAUGAAAAGAAACAUCACUUCGGAUCCGGGUAUAAGGGCCCAGUCGACGCCACUGUGACUGCACAUCUGAAAACUGCAUGGGCCGAAAACCCAGCACUCGCUGUCCAUCUCGCGCAACGCUUCCCACGGAUGUCCCAAGAAGUCCGAUGGUUGGUCCUCAACUUUCCACACAAGGUUCUGGAUGAGCCCAAUGCGCUUGAAUUACUACUCGGCGACCACUUACCCAGCGACGUUUCGUUCCAGCUUAGGUAUCUACUGUAUUGGGCAUCCGUGAACCCGAUCACGGCAGUGACAUAUUUCCUGCCUGCAUACAAAAACAACGCAUUCAUCAUCCAAUACGCUAUGAGAGCUUUGGAGAGUCACUCCGUUGAUGUGACGUUCUUCUACGUUCCGCAGAUUGUCCAAACGCUCCGAUAUGACGCGCUUGGCUAUGUUGAACGAUAUAUUAUCGAGACUGCCAAGUUUUCCCAGCUCUUUGCCCAUCAGAUCAUUUGGAACAUGAAGGCCAAUGCCUACAAGGACGAAGAUUCUCAAGUUCCCGACGCGAUCAAACCCACUCUCGACAAAGUCAUGGAUAGCCUAGAAUCCAGCUUUUCGGUAGAGGACCGGGAGUUCUAUGAGCGCGAGUUUUCGUUCUUCAACGAAGUCACUGGCAUCUCAGGGAAGCUACGUCCGUUCAUCAAGAGCCCCAAGCCGGAAAAGAAGCAGAAGAUCGAAGAAGAACUGCGCAAGAUCCAUGUCGAAGUGGGCGUCUACCUGCCUAGUAAUCCGGAAGGCAUCGUCGUCGGUAUCGACAGGAAAUCGGGCAAACCACUCCAGAGCCAUGCAAAAGCCCCGUACAUGGCGACCUUCCGCAUCCGCAAAUCCAAACUUGACACGAGUCUCGCCGAGCCCGGCCCUGAGGCCAAAGAAGGAGGAGAAUACGAAGCCGCCACCUCCAAAGAAAACACAUACGAGGUCUGGCAAUCCGCCAUUUUCAAGGUCGGCGAUGACUGCCGCCAGGACGUCCUCGCCCUCCAAAUGAUCGCCACUUUCCGGGGAAUCUUCAACAAUGUUGGCCUCGACGUCUGGGUCUAUCCCUAUCGCGUCACCGCUACUGCUCCGGGAUGCGGCGUCAUCGAUGUGCUCCCCAACUCCAUCUCUCGCGACAUGCUCGGCCGCGAAUCCGUCAACGGCCUGCACGAGUACUUUGUCAACAAAUAUGGCGGCGAGGACUCCAUCCGCUUCCAAGAAGCGAGAUCCAACUUUGUGAAGAGUAUGGCGGCGUAUAGCGUCAUUAGCUACCUAUUGCAGUUCAAGGACAGGCAUAAUGGAAAUAUCAUGAUUGAUGAUGCGGGCCACAUCAUCCACAUCGACUUCGGCUUCUGCUUCGACAUUGCACCCGGCGGCAUAAAAUUCGAGCGGGCCCCCUUCAAACUCACCACCGAGAUGAUCGACGUCAUGGGCGGCUCCCAGACUUCCCAGUCGUACCGCUGGUUCGAGGAACUCACCAUCAAAGCGUUUCUGGCGUCCCGCCAGCAUGCGGAGCAUCUGAUUCAUAUCGUGAGGGUCAUGUUGGAUAGCGGGCUGCCGUGCUUCAAGCCCGAGACGAUUGCGAAUUUCCGAGAGAGGUUUGUGUUGGACAAGGGGGAGAGGGAGGCUGCCGAGUAUAUGAGGGGUUUGGUGCAGAAGAGUGCGGGGAGUUAUAGUACCGGGGGUUAUGAUCGGUUUCAGCAGAUUACGAAUGGGAUUCCUUAUUAG